AUGGGAUAUAUUGCACCAUAUCUUUCUACUAUUGUUGGAACUGCUAUUGCAGUUAAACUCAUGGGUAUUGCUGGUGGUCUUUCAGCAUUAGCUAAGAUGCCUGCUUCACAUGUAGAUUCUAUUAGAGGUGAACCAUCAGGGAAUGCUAGAAGAACUUUAAAAGAAGAGAUCCAUAAAAAAAUUGAAAAGUGGCAAGAACCACCUUCUGUAAAGCAGCCUAAACCAUUUCCUGUUCCUGAUUCUAAACCUAAGAAAAAGAGGGGUGGUUGUCGCUUAAAAAAGAUGAAGGAGAGACUAGGUGAAGGUUAUGGAAUGCUUAGUCAGGCUGGGAGUGGCAAAUUGCGUGUAUCAGUUGGUCAGAGCAAACUUGCAACCAAAGUUGCUAAGAAGUUUAAGGAAAAGCAUUAUGGAAGUAGUGGUGCUACAUUUGGAAUGACUUCAAGCUUGGCAUUCACAGCUAUGCAAGUAUUUAGCUUCUUCUACUUUGACCAUGACCUAAUAGGGAUUGAGCUCACAAAUCCUCAAGCUCAUGCACAUCAGCUUGGCAGUGAAACUCAAAGUACUUACUUUUCUGAGACUGAAACAUUUUCAAAGAUCAAGAAGACAUAA